ACGCCAGGUUUGAACCGGAAGCCGCAAUAGCACAUGGACGCCCGGCUGAGGCUGCUGUGGCCGCGGGGCAAGGCGAGUGGAGCGGGGAUUUAGGCUUCUGCCACCGCUGCCUGCAGAGAUUGCGCUCUGGCAGUCCGAGGCCAGCGUAGUUUUAAUCAGCGAGCAUUUGUUGAGGCUUAAACUCCAGACGCGUGGUUAAGAGCAUGGGCUCUGGAAACACACUGCGGGAGUUCGAAUCCUGACUGUCGGCUGUGUGACCUCGCUGUACUGUCUUCCUUGUGAUAGCCUUGCCUGUGGUCAACGCUCAAGAACGUUCGCUGCUGUUUUCACCAGACAGUGAUAUGUUUUCUAAAAUUCUGAACCAUGAGUCUAGCACUUAAUGAUCUGCUUAUUUGCUGCCGUCAACUAGGACAUGAUAGAGCUACAGAACGAAGGAAAGAAGUUGAGAAAUUUAAGCGCCUGAUUCGCGAUCCUGAAACUGUUAAACAGUUAGAUCAGCAUUUAGAUAACAAACAAGGGAAAUAUUUGAAUUGGGAUGCUGUUUUUAGAUUUUUACAGAAAUAUAUUCAGAAAGAAAUAGAACAUCUGAGAACAGCAAAACCAAAUGUAUCAGCCUCAACACAAGCCGGCAGGCAGAAAAAGAUGCAAGAAAUCAGUAGUUUGGUCAAAUACUUCAUCAAAUGUGCAAAUAAAAGAGCACCCAAGCUAAAAUGUCAAGAACUCUUGAAUUAUAUCAUGGAUACUAUGAAAGAUUCAUCUAAUGGUGCCAUUUCUGGAGCUGACUGUAGCAACAUUCUGCUCAAGGACAUUCUUUCAGUGAGAAAAUAUUGGUGUGAAAUAUCUCAGCAACAGUGGCUAGAAUUGCUCUCUGUGUACUUCAGGCUGUAUCUUAAACCUUCACAAGACAUUAAUAGGGUUUUAGUGGCUAGAAUAAUUCAAGCUGUGACUAAAGGAUGCUGUUCGCAAACUGAUGGAUUAAAUUCUAAAUUUUUGGAAUAUUUUUCCAAGGCUAUUCAGCAUGCAAGACAAGAAAAGAGUUCUGCAGGUCUAAGUCAUAUCUUAGCAGCAUUUAUUCUCUUCCUCAAGACUUUGGCUGUUAACUUUCGAAUUCAAGUGUGUGAAUUAGGAGAUGAAAUUCUUCCUACCUUGCUUUAUGUUUGGACUCAACAUAGACCUAAUGAUUCCUUAAAAGAAGUAAUGAUUGAAUUAUUUCAACUGCAAAUUUAUAUCCAUCAUCCAAAGGGAGCAAAAACCCAAGAAAAAGGUGCUUAUGAAUCAAGGAAAUGGAAAAGUAUCUUAUACAACUUAUAUGAUCUGCUAGUUAAUGAGAUAAGUCAAAUAGGAAGCAGAGGGAAAUAUUCUUCAGGAUCUCGUAAUAUUGCUGUCAAGGAAAACCUGAUUGAAUUGAUGGCAGAUAUUUGUCACCAGGUUUUCAGUGAAGAUACCAAAUCUUUGGAGAUUUCUCAGUCUUAUGCCACCACACAAAGAGAAUGUAAUGAUUCCAGUGUAUCUUGCAAAAAGAGGAAAAUAGAAUUAGGUUGGGAAGUAAUAAACGAUCAUCUUCAGAAGUCACAGAAUGAUUUUGAUCUUGUGCCUUGGUUACAGAUUGCAACCCAGUUAAUAUCAAAAUAUCCUGCAAGUUUACCUAAUUGUGAGCUGUCACCAUUACUGAUGAUACUAUGCCAGCUUCUGCCUCAACAGCGACGUGGGGAGCGCACACCAUAUGUGUUACGAUGCCUUAUGGAAGUUGCGUUAUGUCAAGGCAAGAAAUCAAACCUAGAAAGCUCACAAAAGUCAGAUUUAUUGAAACUCUGGAAUAAAAUUUGGUGUAUUACCUUUCGUGGUAUAAGUUCUGAACAAAUACAAGCUGAAAACUUUGGUUUACUUGGAGCCAUAAUUCAAGGCAGUUUAAUUGAGGUUGACAGAGAAUUCUGGAAGUUAUUUACUGGGUCAGCCUGCAAACCUUCAUUUCCUGCAGUAUGCUGUUUGACUUUGGCCCUGACCAUUUGUGUAGUUCCAGAAACAGUAAAAACAGGAAUGGAACAGAAUAUAUGUGAAGUAAAUAGAAGUUCUUCUUUAAAAGAAUUGAUAAUGAAAUGGCUCUUAUUCUAUCAGUUAGAGGAUGACUUUGAAGAUAGUACAGAGCUGCCUCCAAUUCUUCACAGUAAUUUUCCUCAUCUUGCGCUGGAGAAGAUUCUUGUGAGUCUCACUAUGAAAAACUGUCAAGCUGCAAUGAGUUUUUUCCAAAGUGUGCCAGAAUGUGAAAAACACCAAAAAGAUCAAGAUGAGCCUUCAUUCUCAGAAGUUGAAGACCUAUUUCUUCAGACAACUUUUGACAAGAUGGAUUUUUUAACCAUUGGGAAAGAACAUGCUACAGAAAAGCACCAACCCAGUAUAGGCUUUUCUGUCCACCAAAACCUCAAGGAAUCACUGAAUCGCUGUCUUUUGGGAUUAUCAGAACAACUUCUAAAUAACUACUCAUCUGAGACUACAAAUUCAGAAACGCUUGUCCGGUGUUCAAGUCUUUUGGUGGGUGUUCUUGGCUGCUAUCGUUAUGUGGGUGUAAUAGCUGAAGAGGAAGCAUAUAAAUCAGAAUUAUUCCAGAAAGCCAAGUCUCUAAUGCAGUGUGCAGGAGAAAGUAUCACUCUGUUUACAAAUAAGACAAAUGAAGAAUCUAGAAUUGUUUCACUGAGAAAUAUGAUGCAUCUAUGUACAAGUUGCUUGUGUAACUGUACCAAGCACAGUCCAAAUAAGAUUGCAUCUGGCUUUUUCCUACGAUUGUUAACAUCAAAGCUAAUGAAUGAUAUUGCUGAUAUUUGUAGAAGUUUAGCAUCUUUUACCAAAAAGCCAUUUGACUAUGGAGAAGUAGAAUCAAUGCAAGAUGAUACUGAUAAAAAUCUGAUGGAGACGGAGGAUCAGUCCUCCAUGAAUCUAUUUGAUGAUUGCCCUACUGUUAGUGUUGGUGAUGCAAAUGAAUCUGGAGAGAACCAAAGUACUGUCGGUGCCAUAAAUCCUUUAGCUGAAGAACAUCUGUCAAAGCAAGAUCUACUUUUUUUAGACAUGCUCAAGUUCUUGUGUAUGUGUGUAACUAGUGCUCAGACCAAUACUGUGUCAUUUAGAGCAGCUGAUAUUCGGAGGAAAUUGUUGAUGUUACUUGAUUCUAGCAUGCUAGACCCUGCUAAAUCUCUCCACCUACACAUGUAUCUAGUGCUUUUAAAGGAGCUGCCCGGAGAAGAAUAUUCCUUGCCAAUGGGAGAUGUUGUUGAACUUCUGAAACCACUAUCCAAUGUGUGUUCUUUAUAUCACCGUGACCAAGAUGUUUGUAAGACAGUUUUAAACCAUGUUCUUCAUGUAGUGAUGAACCUACGUCAAGGCAAUGUGGAUGCUGAGAACACAAAGGAUGCUCAAGAACGGUUUCUAAAAGUGAUUGAAGUAUUUUGGCGCUUAACAAAGGAGGGGAAAUACGCAUUCUCUGUAAGAAUGGCACUGGUAAAAUGCCUUAAAACCUUGCUUGAGGCCGAUCCUUAUUCAAAAUGGGCUAUUCUUAAGGUAAAUGGAAACAACUUUCCUGUAAAUGAAGUAUUUCCACAAUUUCUUGCUGAUGAUCAUCACCAAGUUCGCAUGUUGGCUGCAGAGUCAAUCAGCAGAUUAUUCCAGGAUAUGGAACAAGGAAGUUCUUCCAUGUUAUUGAAAGCACUUCCUUUGAAGCUUCAGCAAACAGCUUUUGAAAAUGCAUACUUGAAAGCUCAAGAAGGAAUGAGACAAGUGUCCCAGAGAGCUGAGAACCCUGAACUUUUGGAUGAUAUUUAUAAUAGAAAAGCUGUUUUACUGAUGAUGAUAGCUGUGGUUUUAUGCUGUAGCCCUGUCUGUGAAAAACAGGCUUUGUUUGCCCUAUGCAAGUCUGUGAAAGACGAUGGAUUAGAACCUCACCUUGUUAAAAAGGUUUUAGAGAAAGUUUCUGAAACUUUUGGAUAUAGAAAUUUAGAAGACUUCAUGGCUUCUCAUUUGGAUUAUCUAAUUUUGGAAUGGCUAAAUCUUCGAGAUAAUGAAUACAGUUUAUCUUCUUUUCCUUUUAUCUUAUUAAACUACGCAAAAGUUGAGGAUUUCUAUAGAUCUUGUUACAAAGUUUUGAUUCCACAUCUGGUGAUUAGAAGUGAUUUUGAUGAGGUGAAGUCCAUUGCUAAUCAGAUUCAAGAGGAUUGGAAAAGUCUUCUAACAGACUGCUUUCCAAAGAUUCUUGUAAAUAUUCUUCCUUACUUUGCCUAUGAGGAUACUGGAGACAGUGGAUUGGCACAGCAAAGAGAGACUGCUACCAAAGUCUAUGAUAUGCUUAAAGAUGAAAAUGUAUUAGGAAAACAGAUUGAUCAUUUAUUCAGGAGUAAUUUACCAGAGAUUGUGGUGGAGUUAUUGAUGACCUUACAUGAACCAGCAACUUCUGGUACCAGCCAAAGCACUGACCUCUGUGACUUUUCAGGGGAUUUGGAUCCUGCUCCUAAUCCACCUCAUUUUCCAUCACAUGUGAUUAAAGCAACAUUUGCCUAUAUCAGCAGUUGCCAUAAAACCAAGCUUAAAAGCAUUGUAGAAAUUCUUUCCAAAAGCCCUGAUUCCUAUCAGAAAAUUCUUCUAGCCAUAUGUGUGCAAGCAGCUGAGACAAAUAAUAUUUAUAAAAAGCACAGAAUUCUUAAAAUAUAUCACCUGUUUGUUAGCUUAUUACUGAAAGAUAUAAAAAGUGGCUUAGGAGGAGCUUGGGCCUUUGUUCUUCGAGAUGUUAUUUAUACUUUGAUUCACUAUAUCAACAAAAGGCCUUCUCGUUUCAGGGAUGUGUCAUUACGCAGCUUCUCUCUUUGCUGUGACCUGUUAAGCCAGGUUUGCCACACAGCAGUAACUUACUGUAAGGAUGCUUUAGAAAGUCACCUCCAUGUUAUUGUUGGUACACUCAUACCCCUUGUGGACGAUCAGAUGGAGGUUCAGAAGCAGGUAUUGGACUUGUUGAAAUACUUAGUGAUAGAUAACAAGGAUAAUGAAAACCUCUAUAUGACAAUUAAACUUUUAGAUCCUUUUCCUGACCAUGUUGUCUUUAAGGAUUUGCGUAUUACUCAGCAGAAAAUCAAAUACAGUGGAGGACCUUUUUCACUCUUGGAGGAAAUUAACCAUUUUCUCUCAGUAAGUAAGUAUGAUGCACUUCCGUUGACAAGGCUUGAAGGAUUGAAGGAUCUUCGGAGACAGCUGGAACAACAUAAAGAUCAGAUGAUGGAUCUUAUGAGAGCGUCCCAGGAUAACCCACAAGGUGGCAUAAUGGUGAAGUUGGUUGUCGGCUUGUUGCAGUUAUCCAAGAUGGCAAUAAACCACACUGGCGAAAGGGAAGUUUUAGAGGCUGUUGGAAGCUGCUUGGGAGAACUGGGUCCUAUAGAUUUCUCUACCAUAGCUGUACAGCAUAGUAAAGAUACAUCUUAUACCAAGGCCCUCGAGUUAUUUGAAGAUAAAGAACUUCAGUGGACCUUCAUAAUGUUGACCUACCUGAAUGAUACACUGGUAGAAGAUUGUGUCAAAGUGCGAUCAGCUGCUGUUACCUGUUUGAAAAACAUUUUAGCCACAAAGACUGGACAUAGUUUCUGGGAGAUUUAUAAGAAGACAACUGACCCCAUGCUGAUCUAUCUACACCCUUUUAGAACAUCGAGAAAAAAGUUUUUAGAAGUACCCAGAAUUGACAAAGAAAACCCUUUAGAAGGCCUGGAUGAUACAAGCCUGUGGAUUCCUCAAAGUAAAAAUCAUGACAUUUGGAUAAAGACACUGACUUGUGCUGUUUUGGAUAGUGGAGGCACAAAAAGUGAAAUUCUUCAGUUAUUGAAGCCAAUGUGUGAAGUGAAAACUGACUUUUGUCAGACUGUGCUUCCAUACUUGAUUCAUGAUAUUUUACUCCAAGAUACAAAUGAAUCAUGGAGAAAUCUGCUUUCUACACACAUUCAGGGAUUUUUUACUAACUGUUUCAGACAUUCUUCACAAACAAGUCGAUCCACGACCCCUGCAAAUUUGGAUUCAGAGUCAGAGCACAUUUUCCGAGGCUGUUUGGAUAAAAAAUCACAAAGAACAAUGCUUGCUAUUGUGGACUACAUGAGGAGACAAAAGAGACCUUCCUCAGGAACAGUUUUUGAUGAUGCCUUCUGGCUGGAGUUGAAUUAUCUUGAAGUUGCCAAGGUAGCUCAGUCUUGUGCUGCUCACUUUACAGCAUUGCUCUAUGCCGAAAUCUACGCAGACAAGAAAAGCAUGGAGGAUCAAGAGAAAAGAAGUACUCUUGUGACAAACAGAAGUCUUACAUUUGAAGAAGGGAGCCAAAGUACAACUAUUUCUAGUUUGAGUGAAAAAAGUAAAGAAGAAAGUGGAAUAAGUUUACAGGAUCUGCUGUUAGAGAUCUACAGAAGUAUAGGAGAGCCAGACAGUCUGUAUGGCUGUGGGGGAGGAAAAAUGUUACAACCCCUUACUAGACUACGAACAUACGAACAUGAAGCAAUGUGGGGAAAAGCCCUAGUAACAUACGACCUUGAGACAGCAAUCUCCUCAUCAACCCGCCAGGCAGGGAUAAUUCAGGCCUUGCAGAAUUUGGGACUCUGCCACAUUCUUUCUGUCUAUUUAAAAGGAUUAGAUCAUGAAAAUAAAGAGUGGUGUGCUGAACUACAAGAACUUCAUUACCAAGCAGCAUGGAGGAAUAUGCAAUGGGACCACUGCAUUUGUGUCAACAAAGGAGCAGAAGGAGCCAGUUACCACAAGUCGUUGUACAAUGCUCUGCAGUCUCUAAGAGACAGAGAAUUCUCCACGUUUUAUGAAAGUCUCAAAUAUGCCAGAGUGAAAGAAGUGGAAGAAUUGUGUAAAGGUAGCCUUGAGUCUGUGUAUUCACUCUACCCCACACUUAGCAGAUUGCAGACCAUUGGAGAGCUCGAAAACAUUGGGGAGCUUUUCUCAAGAUCAGUCACAGAUAGGCAACCCUCUGAAGUCUACAUUAAGUGGCGAAAGCACUCCCAGCUUCUCAAAGACAGUGAUUUUAGUUUUCAGGAGCCUAUCAUGGCUCUACGCACAGUCAUUCUGGAGAUCUUGAUGGAAAAGGAAAUGGAGAGCUCCCAAAGACAGUGUUUCAAGGACAUUCUCACCAAGCAUCUUGUAGAACUCUCCACACUAGCCCGAACUUUCAAGAACACUCAGCUCCCUGAAAGGGCAAUAUUUCAAAUUAAACAGUAUAAUUCAGCUAGUUGUGGAGUCUCUGAGUGGCAGCUGGAGGAAGCGCAAGUAUUCUGGGCAAAAGAGGAGCAGAGCCUUGCCCUGAGUAUUCUCAAGCAAAUGAUCAAGAAGUUGGAUGCCAGUUGUACAGAGAAUGAUCCCAACCUAAAACUUAUGUACACAGAAUGUCUGAGGAUUUGUGGCAACUGGUUAGCAGAAACUUGCUUAGAAAAUCCUGCAGUCAUCAUGCAGACCUAUCUGGAAAAGGCAGUAGAAGUUGCUGGAAAUUGUGAUGGAGAAAGCAAUGAUGAGCUCAGAAAUGGAAAAAUGAAGGCCUUUCUCUCUUUAGCACGGUUCUCAGAUACUCAGUACCAAAGAAUUGAAAACUACAUGAAAUCAUCAGAAUUUGAAAACAAGCAAGCUCUCCUGAAAAGGGCCAAAGAGGAAGUGGGCCUUCUUAGGGAACAUAAAAUUCAGACCAACAGAUACACAAUAAAGGUUCAGCGAGAGCUGGAGCUGGAUGAAUGUGCUCUCCGUGCACUGAAGGAGGAUCGUAAACGUUUCUUAUGUAAAGCAGUUGAAAAUUACAUCAGUUGCUUAUUAAGUGGAGAAGGGCAUGAUAUGUGGAUAUUCCGUCUUUGUUCCCUCUGGCUUGAAAAUUCUGGAGUAUCUGAAGUCAAUGGCAUGAUGAAGAGAGAUGGAAUAAAGAUUCCAUCGUAUAAAUUUUUGCCUCUUAUGUACCAAUUGGCUGCUAGAAUGGGGACCAAGAUGAUGGGAGGCCUAGGAUUUCAUGAAGUCCUCAAUAACCUCAUCUCUAGAAUUUCAAUGGAUCACCCCCAUCAUACUUUGUUUAUUAUACUUGCAUUAGCAAAUGCAAACAAAGAUGAAUUUUUGACCAAACCAGAGGCAGCAAGAAGGAGUAGAAUAACUAAAAGUGCACCUAAACAAAGCUCUCAGCUUGAUGAGGAUCGAACUGAGGCUGCAAACAAAAUAAUACAUACUAUCAGGAGUAGAAGACCUCAGAUGAUCAGAAGUGUUGAGGCGCUUUGUGAUGCUUAUAUUAUAUUAGCAAACUUAGAUGCCACUCAGUGGAGGACUCGGAGACAAGGCAUAAAUAUUCCAGCAGACCAGCCAAUUACUAAACUUCAGAACUUAGAAGAUGUUGUUGUCCCUACUAUGGAAAUUAAGGUGGACCCCACAGGAGAAUAUGAAAAUCUGGUGACUAUACAAUCAUUUAAAGCAGAAUUUCGUUUAGCAGGAGGUCUAAAUUUACCAAAAAUAAUAGAUUGUUUGGGCUCUGAUGGCAAAGAAAGGAGACAGCUUGUCAAGGGCCGUGAUGACCUGAGACAAGAUGCUGUCAUGCAGCAGGUUUUCCAGAUGUGCAAUACAUUACUGCAGAGAAACACUGAAACCAGGAAGAGGAAAUUGACCAUCUGCACAUAUAAGGUGGUUCCCCUCUCUCAGCGAAGUGGUGUUCUUGAGUGGUGCACAGGAACAGUCCCUAUUGGUGAAUUUCUUGUUAACAACGAGAAUGGUGCCCAUAAAAGAUACAGGCCAGAGGAUUUCAGUGCCCCUCAAUGCCAAAAGAAAAUGAUGGAUGUGCAAAAGAAGUCUUUUGAAGAGAAGUAUGCAACCUUCAUGGAUAUUUGCCAAAAUUUUCAACCAGUUUUCCGUUACUUCUGCAUGGAAAAAUUCUUGGACCCAGCUGUUUGGUUUGAGAAACGAUUGGCUUAUACUCGCAGUGUGGCUACUUCUUCUAUUGUUGGUUACAUACUUGGACUUGGUGAUAGACAUGUACAGAAUAUCUUGAUAAACGAGCAGUCAGCAGAGCUUGUACAUAUAGAUUUAGGAGUUGCUUUUGAACAGGGUAAAAUCCUUCCUACUCCUGAAACAGUUCCUUUUCGACUCACCAGAGAUAUUGUGGAUGGGAUGGGCAUUACUGGUGUUGAAGGUGUCUUCAGAAGAUGCUGUGAGAAAACCAUGGAGGUUAUGAGAAACUCUCAGGAAACCCUGUUAACCAUUGUAGAGGUCCUCCUGUAUGAUCCUCUCUUUGACUGGACCAUGAAUCCUUUGAAAGCUUUGUAUUUACAGCAGAGGCCAGAAGAUGAAACUGAGCUCCACUCCACCCCACAUGCAGAUGACCAAGAAUGCAAACGAAAUCUCAGUGAUGUUGACCAGAGUUUCAACAAAGUAGCUGAACGGGUCUUGAUGAGACUGCAAGAGAAGCUGAAAGGAGUGGAGGAAGGAACCGUGCUCAGUGUGGGUGGACAGGUGAAUCUGCUCAUACAACAGGCCAUGGACCCCAAAAAUCUCAGCCGUCUUUUCCCAGGAUGGAAAGCUUGGGUGUGAUAUUCAGCAUAAGAAUUACCCUUGAAUUCAACCUUUCAAAAUUAUAUUUUGGCCUUCAUUUUUAACCCACCCACAUACUUUUAAUAGGUAUUAAUAUUUAGCUAAGUGAACUACUUUCUGUGUUUUAAAAAAAUGUUUAAUACUUGCUUCAGUCACCUAAAGAUGCUUUGAUAGUCUCAAGGAAAAUAAUUGUUGGGGCCGGCCCCGUGGUGUAGUGGUUAAGGUCGGCGCACUCCACCUCAGUGGCCCAAGUUUGCAGGUUUGGAUCCCAGGUGUGGACCUACACCACUUACCACCCAUGCUGUGGCGGCAACCCACAUAUAAAAUGGAGGAAGACUGGCACAGAUGUUAGCUCAGGGCUAAUCUUCCUCAGCAAAAAAAUUAAAAAAUAAUAAUUGUCAUUCAUGCUGUAUUUCUAGACUAAACAUUUAUUUUUUCUUCUCAAGUACAUACUUGUAUUUUUUUCAGUAGAAUCACUGAUUUAUGCUUUAGCUGGAAAUGGAAGCAGCAGGAAUGCAGGAACAUAACUGAGAAUUUUUCCUUUAGUAUGAACUAGAACAAAUAAAUAUACUGCUAGUUUUGAGGUGGCUUUUAAUUGAAAUUUGUUUCCAAGAUAUUAUAGUAUAUAAAUGAUAAAUUACUUGAUAUUAACGUAUAAAAGGAAGAAAAAAACUUUAAAAUUGUAGCUAUCUAUGUAUCAUGGUAAAGCUACAUUAAAAAUAAGAAGCAAUGUUGAAAACAAAUUAGUAUUUAAGAAAUUUGUUUGGAUUUUCAAAAUCUCCUAGUGUUACUGAAUAAUUAUGGAGAACAAAUUUGAAAGACACAGUUACUAUGGUUACUGUUAUUUAAAAAUGUAUAUUGCACCCUCUCAUUCUGUUGUUUUCUUCAUCUUUUAAGCCCUUCUGUGUUUUCCAUUACUUUAUCUUUGUGUGGUGCCUUCAUAUGUGUCUUCUAGUUUUCUCUUGUCAGCUGUAUAUAAUCUCCUUUUUAAACUAUUCAUUGGGUUUCUUCUUUCAAAAAUUGUUUUUUAUUAUGUCAUGAAUCAUUUCAAACGUCCCUAUUUUAUGGUAGGGUAACAUCUCUAAUAGCUUUGUUAAAUCAAGUUCCUGUUGUUUGUAUUUGUUGCUUCUUUUACUUAGUAGACUACUUAUGUAUGUACUCUGGCAAUCCUGAAUGACCUGGGUUAAGAAUAAUUCCUUCCAGAAAAGUUUUGUGUCUGCUUAUGUCAUAUUCCCAGGACGAUCACUGACAGAAGACCACUCUUACUUUAAUUUCUUGGCUUCAGGGUUUCCAGACCUCAAGAGUAGUAUAAAUUACUGAGAGAAGACUCCCAGGCCCAGACAAACACUCGUCCUCAUCAUCCCCCUGUGCGAGGGGGCAGAGGGUUUUGUUGACUCCCCUUUCACUGAGGGUGUGAUCCUCCAUGUGUCCCAGCUUAUGGUGGGCAUGAGGGGAGGUGUGUUUAAUUCCUGCCCACUCCCUUUGCAAGUCCACGGUUUCAUCAGUCCCCAAGAUAAUAAAGCUGAAACCUAUACAUUAGUGAGAUUGUGCCAGGACAGCCAGAAUAUCAGCUCACACAUUUACUCUGGUUUUCAGUUCCCUGCCUUUUUGGCCCUAAGGAUUUCCCCUUACUUUCUUACAAGUUCUGCUAUGCAUUUAAAAGAAUGUUUCUUAUAUCUUAUCCAGUGUUUCUUUGUGUUUUGUUGGAAGGGAAGGAAUUAGGUAUUGAGUUUGAUAUGUAGCUAGAAAUGGAACACUUUUCUGUCCCCAUACUGUCAUCAGGCAAACAAGUAAAAUUACUGACUUGAUAUUGGUGAAUAUAACCCCUCCUCCAUCCUUAGGAAAAUGUUCAUUUUAGCUGCAGAAAUUAAGAAAUGGGUGGUUGAACCUUCUUCUUUUUUUACCUAGGUGGUUAUGUUAACAGUUUUUUCUUAUGAAGGGGUUGGCAUUUCUAUCUGUUGCCCGUGGCAAGCAUGCACUCCUAUCUGAUCUCCGCACCUCCCCCUACUCCAGACACAAUCUUCAGAACUUUUUGUACAGAAAUUUCUUGCUUUGGUUUCUGGAGAACUAUUCUUAAAAUGACUUUGCAGUUCUAAUUACAAACUUCUCUUGGUGUAUCUUUCUUAUAAACUGCCUAAAUAUUUGCUAUAUAUUAGUAGUUUUAUUAUUGGAGUGAAUCAAGAGAAUGUAAUAAACUUAGAAUGUCUUGAUUUAAGAAAGCCUUGAAAUCUUCAUGGAUGAAUAAGAAAUUAUAAGCUAGAUGAUAGUACAAGUAAAUGAACUUUACUUAUAUUAUUAUACUUAUAUAUUAAAAAUGAAUUUGAAUUAGUACAAGCUAAUUCUUGCUACCUGAUUUUCCAAAGAGCUCUGGAUCACAUCAUUGAUCCAGUCUUCAGUCUUGAAUGGUGUGCGUAAAGGCUCCUGUCCUAUUCAAAUAUUCUUAUUAAUGGCUUUGAAAAAUUUACCAAAUUUGCAGAUAGCAAGCCUAGGAGGAAUAGCUAAUUCACAGGUGAUAGAAUUAAGAGUUUAAAAGAUUUUUUGACAAACUGGAAUACUAUCUGGAAAUGACUAGGAUAGAAAUUUGCCAAGAACAAUUGAGUGGUUAGGUUUUUAAAAUAUUAAUCAAAGAAUAUCUGUUGUGUGCUGAGUACCUGACAUACAUUAUAGGCAGCAUCUCUUGCAGGAUUAGUGAUAGCCCAGUUUACAGCUGGAGAAAUUAAAGUUUGGAGAAAUAAGGUAACUUGUCCAAAGCCAGAAUAUAGUAAAUCGAAGGUACAAGUUUAAUAUGGAGAGUUUCUAACUUGAAAAGCUUUCGAGUGAAAAGAAUCUAGACUUCACCAGUCAGUUGCUCACAAAGUCAGUGGAAACCAAGUAGAAAAGCUGCUAGAAAAGCUAAUAAAUUAUAGACUGUUUGAACAGUUGUGUCCAGAUUGAGGGAGAUAAUAGCCCUCCCACCAUUCUCCAUGCAGAUCAUACCACCCCAAAGUAGCUCUUUAAUCAGUAGGUACAAAAAUCCAUUAUCAUUAUAGUAUAUGCUUAAAAUAUUUUUAUGCACUUAGAAAUGCUAAAAAUUUAGAUAUAGCCUAAAGCAAAUAAAACUUUGGCUUUUUAAAGAUUAAAGUAGGCUAGUCUUUUUUAAAAAAAAGUAGAAAACUAGUAUGCUGGCUUGAAAUAUAGAGUUAUGUGUCAUUUCAAGUAUUUUAAUUGCACCUUAGUGAAAUUACAUAUUUUAUGUAGAUUUAUUUGAGUACUAUUGAAUGUAUUUCUUUAUUACAAUAUUACUGGAAUCCUUUACACUGUUACCUGCUUAGGAAUAAACAAUUCUAAAAGAAAAUGUA